AAUUUUUUAAUAUUAAUUAUACAAUUGAUAAAUGACAUAGGGUAUCCCUGGUGGGAGGAACUAAGAAGGUUAAAUGCUUUAACUGUUAAGAAAGCACGUGUUUAUUUGUUUGUUUUGUUGUUUGACAAUUCUGAAUUUAAUAUGACAAGAAAACAUGGUAGGAAAAGGCAGAAAAAGUUUUUAUACAGAGCCAACAAGAAGCUCAAGGAGGAACGAUUCGGCCACAUACUGGACAAAGAUACCUAUGAGUACUUUUUGAGAAUAGCGGAGACGUUGAAAUUGGACAAUAGCGACGAGGAAAAAGGAGUCCUGGCCGAGAACGUCCUUAGGGAAACCCAAGGCAAAGAAGGUGAUUUCACAUCACACCCUUUAUCCGCACGAGUGCUUGAAGGUAUACUGCCCUGGGCUUCUUGGAAUGAUCUUUCUAGGUUGAGAGAUGCAUUCGCUGAAAAACGACACUGGGCCAAAAAUGGAUGUCAGGCUCACGUGCAGGAAUCGCUCAUAAAAGAUGCCGGACAAAGAGCACAGAAUGGUAACGAAGAAAAAGAAGAAUGUUUAGAAUAUAUCAGACAAAAGUCAAUGUUUUACCUGAACAAUCUAGAGGAACAAAUUUUGGAAGUGAAUCUGAACCAUCUAACGCGGACUUGCUUAGAGGUGUGCUCUGGUAUCAUGCAAGAGAAAGGCACUUCAAAACAACUUUCACCUCUUCUUCCCGAUGUCGUAAAAGAAUAUUUAUCCAGAUUUAAAAAGUGGCACCAAUUCUCAGGGACUUACAAGGAAGAAGUUGUAUCUGGGCUUUUACAAGUUGUGCUUCGUUCUGCAUCAAAAUGUUGUCCAAAGGCAUGUGCAGCAUUUAUAAACAUAUUGAUUGAUAAUUGUUUACUCAACGAUUAUGUGAAGGAAACACAAGAAAAUACCUUUUUUGACAACAUUUCAAGAAACAGUUUACUGGAGACCAUGAUUGAAGUUAGCAAUGCGGAAGUGUAUGAAAAAAUCUAUACUAGUUUUUUAAAAGGCGGUAUAAAGGAUCUUGCCAAAGGGAAAAACAGCAACUUUAUCAUUGCCAAACUUUUGAGGUCCUGCCCGGGAAAAAUACAGCUGGAACCAAUUUUUGAAGAAAUGGGCACAAAUUACCAGGCAUUCAUGGAAUACCCUCAGGUUCUUGUCGCGUUAUCAGAAGCCUGUCUUAAAUGUGGCAUAAAACAAGGAGAUUUAAUCAAAAAUACAAAAACAACGCUUUCAUGUGAUAUUCAAAAUGGUGACCAGACAUUUGUAAAAUGUCUAUUAUGGAUGACAUCACCUGAUAAACUGGAUCUGAAGUCUCAGACUAGCAUUCAUGGAAGUAUGAUACUCCAAAACAUGCUCACUUUCAAAAAACCCAUAAAGAUUGUCGAGGGUCUCCUUGGGUUGAAUUUUGAUGAACUGAAAAUAAUAGCUGAAGAUCCAAAAGGUUCACGCAUAUUUGACGCUUUCGUUUUGAGCAAUUCAGUGGGGGAAAAAUCAAGAGAUAGGCUCAUCAACAAAUUCAAUGAUGCAUAUAUUGACUUAGCAAUGACAAAAUUUGGAUCGAGAGUUUUUGACGCUUUAUGGUCUAAAAGCUCUGGAAAGCAAAGAGAAGCCAUCAUGAAAAAUAUGACACGUAGGAUUUUGUCCAAUCAGUAUGGAAGCAAGAUCGCAACAAUGAUAGAUCUCAAUACGUACCUUACUGACAGAAAAAAUUGGAAUCCAAAAAACAAGCAAUGAUCAUUUUUAUUUAUUUAUAUAA